AUGGCUUUCUUCACGGGCGCUGGCCAGGACUUUUAUGCUCAGCGGUUGAAACGGUCCGCGUCUAUAGACAAAGAUAAGGGCUACCAACGUACACGGACGCGUUCCACGUCCUCCUCCCUCGCCUCGCAGGCGACAGGCACACCACCCGUACCGUCCGCGCGGACUACUCCCUCCUCCCAUUCGCGCAAUCCUUCAGGCCCGUCUUCCCCACGAAGGCAGCCAUCACCCGUAGCCGAGCAUCCCCGGUCGGGCAGCCUGUCUUCGCCUUCCGCGUCAGAACCGCAUUCAAGUCGGCCGAGCACCAGCGCUGGGAUCACCUCGCGCCCAUCAGGGGCAGACGCCGCUCCAUCCCCCGCACACGCGCCAACGGGCAGCAGUUCGCGACGCAUACAUCACGCGCCGUCCGCUUCGGACAUUCGGGACGUUGGGCGCCAGAAACAGCACAAAAUACAUGAGCUGGGCCUGCCCAAGCUUUCCACCUCCCUGGACGCCCCUUCGUCCCUGAGUUCCGCAGCUCGCCCGCAUACCUCAUCUUCGUUGUCCGACUCGGGCGGCCAACCUCAAUCUCCUCCCGACUACACCUCUUCGUCUUCAGCGGGGCGCUCGCGCUUAUUCGCACGCGACUCCCGUAUGCACCCGCCAAUAUCGCCCUCACGAUACGGCGGCAACCUGUCUGACGGCAACACGAGUUCCGACCGCGGUUCGAGCCCACUGCCAUCCCACCGUCUCGACGUCAAGCGUCUACUCUCAAAACCUGCCGCUCCUUCGCGCGCCUCUGUGUAUUCCAUCACAUCAGACUCAGAUGCAGCGGCGAAUCCCGGCAGUUGGAGGUCAAAUCCGUAUGCGCUGUCACCCUCUCAGCCCAUUUCCACUGCGCCGUGGCUUGGCUUUAACAAGGAGGCCCGCCUUGCGGCUAUCGCUGAUCGGGAUCGCCUACACGCUCCCUCGCGCGCAUCUUCCGCCGAUGGGAACUUGGCGCGUCCGUCGACAAGUCCGUUGAUGACUCCGGUCAGCUCCACACCGCCGUCCCCACAACCACCGCCGCGUGAGUUACGCGAAGCGACACGAGAGAAAGAUGAGAGGAAGGAGAAGCCGAAGGAGGAACGCGCACCGCGAGUACUACGUAAGAAGGCGCCAGGCUCGCAGUCUGCACGAGCGUCUCUCGCACCCAGCCCCAUUGCGACGAAAGGGACUUCGCCUUCUUCGUCCAGCACCACGACGCGCCGCCCAGGCGAUUCACGCCCUACAACUCUCCUGUCGCCUCGUUCUCUACGAGGCAGUGACGCGUCUGAGCCGAAAAGGAUGCUUACGCCGGCUGCUGCUUUGGCCCAGGCGUACAAGCAACAAGAAACACGGCGCGAAGGGCUUGCCAAGGCUGCCGUAGGAGAGGCAUCUCCUCCACCCUCGCCUCGAUCAUCUGGUCAUGCCCGGCGAGGGGCCUCCGAAUCAUCUGCUGCAAGAAGGACAUCGUCGCCCGAACCGUACUAUACUGUAUUCGGGAGCGGUAUCGGGAGUCCUUUCUCCGAGGCUUCAUUCCGCCCUGGGUCUGCAGUGUCAACCGUCACCGCAUCUGCUCCACCAGACGGCACUCGCCGCUCACUCGUGCGCAAGGUCUCGGGACGCUUCACGAGGCACAAAAGCUCGCCGUCUCUUGCGGCAGCAGCGGCGAGCGAGCUACCUGCCAUCAAGAGCGUGAAGAGUCGCUCAAGCGAGAGUCCGUCUCACGAUCGCUCAAGGCAGAGCUUACAAGAACGUCGCUCGACGAGCUUGCCGAAGGAACGCCGCAAGAGUCUACACCUUUCGCUUGACGAUAGCUUCGUGCAUGUUGACGACGUUGAACCCAGACUCGUCGAUGGUACACAUCGCAAGCGGUCGGAUGGGAGCAUAUCGCCGGGCACUCCUGGUACCAAGCUAUGGAAGCUCGUCAAGCGUCUGAGCAGUAACCAGUUGAAGGAUCGCUACCAGUUCGCUGGGCCAUCUGCGCUUCCAUCUCCACCACCUCCGGUACCGGCGAUCCCGAAAGACCUGCUGCAGACACCCACACGGCCAGGUUCAUCUUCGGCAACGGUUACGCCCGAAUCUGCGCGCCCAUCUCCUCGUGUAUCGACUUCGGCCGUCAAUACGCCGGAGUCUUCUGCGCGCGGAAGGAGACCAUCGGCUGGGGUACAGAGAGCUAGCCCGGCUUCUGCUACAGCGACGAGUAAGCGCAGUGCGACGACGAGAUCAAGUAGUCCGCAUAGCGGCUCAUCCAGCAAGCUCUUCCGACCUCCAUCCCCUCGAUCCUCUGCUUCAUCAGUCGGUGAUGCCGACGUACCGCCGUUGCCCAAGGGCUCAACGCCAUAUGGGCAACGCAUCCUCUCGCCGAGUGCACUGCGACUCAUAGGGCAAGACGAAGAACCACUGGAUCUAUCACUCACGGGCGAGUCGGAGCCGUUCGAGCCGGCAGGCCUGUCGCCACCGCCUCGUCGCACACGCCUGAUGACGGACAGUCCCGAGAUGCCCACGUUCUCCAUUGCCGCAAGUGUGAACAACUUCUCUGCCCGCAAAACACCUACUUCAGCGCGUACCUCGCCUGCGGAUGCUGAGAGUCCCUCGCUGGAAAGAUCGCGCACGCUCUCGCCGGAGACCGCGUUGUCGCCACCGCCUCGCCCUGCACGUAGUCCGCACAGACCGAAUGGCGUCUCGCCUGUGGCCGAUAACCCGCCUCAACUGCCACCCGUGCAGUCGCUGUCGUUAUCUGCCAUGCCUUCACCAGAAACCGGCUUCUCCGUUCUACCAAGUGUCCCUCUACCCCUAGAACUUGGCGAGAUAUCCCGGGCGCGUCCCCUCUCAGAGAGCGGGUACAGCACGCGCACAACAUCCACCGCUCGACCCGAAGGCUUCUCCACUCGCGCAAGGUCUCCCUCGAACGGCGCCGCCUCCGGCCUGAAGUUCCGCGAGAUGAACAAGCCGGGACCGCGCCAGGCUAUGAGCGAGCAGGAGAAGGAUGCCCUUUGGGACGAUCUACUCGAGAGAUCGGCGAAGGCGGGCGGGACUUUACAUUACGGUGCGGAGGGGGAGGCGCUGUUGAGUGACCGGCUCUCGACGCUAAGCGCUGGUUCGGCUGCUCCUUCGACUUACCUCUGA